AUGAAGGGUAGAAUAGUAAUUGACCCCCCAAAAUCCCCCCCCACCGCCUCCUUCCGCAGCGCAGUCGGUCUCGGCCGCAUCCGCGUUCCCUGCCGCGUCGCCCUUGCCCUCUCCCCGACGCCACCUCCGCCUCCGACGUGCCGUGCCGCCAUCGUCCGUGUCGCUGCCUCCCACUGCGCUGCAGUCGCCCGCGUCACUGCCUGCCAUCGCUGCAUCCAGCUGCGCUGCUCUCGCCCGAGUCGCGGCCUCGCCCUCUCCCCAUUUACCAUUUGUGCCUCCGCCGUCGUGAAGCCCGCGCCGCCUCCAAUGUCUCCCGCCGCACCGGAGGGAAUGCCGGGUCUUGAGUACAAUCAAGUUAUUAGUAAGCUUUGUCACCGUCUAGAGAUGAAGCCAGAAAAACGAUCGGCUGGAAAGAAUAUCGUCGGGGGCGUCAAGAAGGUGUCUUCCUUGGCUGCAAAGAAGCAGCGCCCUCUCCAAUUCAAAGAAGGACGACGUGGACAAUCGAGCUCGAGUUCCGACGAUGAAGUGUUAGAAAAUAAGCUAAAGCAAAGCCUUUUCAUUAUGGACCUGAGGCUCGAAGAAAUCAAAGAGCAUGUCGAUUCCAUGGAAAGGAAGCUCAAGAACCUCCGAAACAAUGUGCUCAAGGUGGCUGAGGACAUCGGGGGACUCCUAGAAUCUUUAUUCGACGAACCGAUUAUUUAGAAGCCUUAGAAUACAUGGCUAGUUUUAUUUAAUUUCCUUGUGGCAACGUUAUUGGAGUUAUGAAUAAUGUGGGCAGACUUGUACUUGUCCUAUAACAAUGUCUUUUUCCUCUACCUGCUCUUUUUCUUUUUGGGCACAAAAUGCAAAGGCACCCUGCUCCGGCCCUUUUGCAUCUUGUCCACCAAAAGUUGUUUAAUUAUAUUACCAUGGGAGGUCAAUGGAACAAAUAAUUGUUGGAAGCAGUUAAAAAAUAUAUUGUA